AUGGGUCUCUCGAAUCCAGAUGGCCCCGACACUGGGUAUCAUCAGAGCGUGGAAUCAGCAAUUCGCAAGCUGGGACUCUCUCGCGAAGAGGCAGCGGAGCUCCAAGGCUACAUCAAGCGGCUUCUAGACGAAGACAAAGCUUUUCCCAAGGGAUAUCCCGUCGAAUCCCUUCUCAUGCACCGAUACCAAAAGGAAUGGAAGCACUUGCGUAUAUGGAAAGAGGAGCCCGUCAUCAGUGUUGAGCCUGCGUUCGCGAGGUGUGUGGAAGCAGUGCGGGAUGGCUUGAACUUGUCCACAUUCAUCUCGGUCUGCCUUCCGGUCAAUGCUUCUGCUGCCACAGGCUCUUAUGCAGCUACAGGACAAGCCGGCUUGGGAUACGGCAGUGAGAGCGAGAGUACAUCCACCCGCAAAUCCGGAGUAAGCAGCACCAGUCGCGACCACAAGUUCGACAGUGUUUCAUCGAGAACACCAACACCGAGUUGCAGCAAGGAUAUAUAUCACGGAGGGUUCGACAAUCAGGGGUUUCGAGGCAGUCCACCCCCAGGCCCGCUUUAUGUUCGACGUCACUCUAGAUUGAAUUUAUCCUCGCCUCUCAGAACACCCUCUUUUCAUGGCAGCGGGUCGGAUCCGGGUCCCGGCUCACGAGGCAGGAAAUACCCCCCCAUCGUUGAGCGGCAAUACUCACUACCUUUGGCUCAUACCCGACCACGAUCAUUAAGCAGCUCCAGGGCAACUUCUCCGAUUUUGACACCUCAUCUCGCGUUUCAGCCGUCCUCCCCCCUUACACCGAACAAACCAAACUGGGACUUCAUUCCAAACAACCACGACAUGCACGACUACACCGUUACGGAGUGUACCAAAACAUCAUCUUACCGCACCCGCACCUGGUACCCAGAAUCCCAUCCCACCUCCCGUAACACCCCAUCUUUCGUCUGCCCUAGCACCCCCUACAGCAACGGCAUCAUCCCAAAAAUGGACACCACCACCGCUCCAACCACACCCAGCCGCAAACCCUCUGCGCGCAUCAGCAUGACCGACAUCAUCCCCGCCCCGCUAAACCUCCCCCGUCCCCGGCGCACAUCCGACUCAACCGCCAGCCACAGUCAUCACGUCCAGCGCAAAGACACCCAUCCUCGUCUGCCUCAUCCCAACCCUGCGCCCCCAGCACCUCCAACCCAUCGCUCACCCACUCCCCCAAACCUACCCAUCACCAAACCUAAACAGCUCAACAGCCCUCCACACGACCCAACCAUCACCAAAACCGGAAAACUCAACUCCUCUCCUCGUGAGGACCUGAUCGAUAAUCUGUGCCUAGGAAAGAAAAGGGACAUGACCCCCGACUUUGAGAUCGUCCCCGUGACUCGACUCUCGCCUCAGUCUCAAUCUCAGUCGUCACAAACUCAUCAACAGAGUCACAGGCGGGAGAGAGCCAAGUCUAGAUCGAGGGGUGAUGAUCGGAGGAUGGACAGACCGCCCAAGAGAGAAGAAGAACGGGAAGGGGGAUCGUGGAGAAAGCUAGUUUGUGGGUGUUGUGGGGAUGAGCAUUGA